AUGCGUACACUAUCAUUUCAUGGCUUAUUCAUCGAGGCUGGUGUGCCAUCAUCGACGUCAUUGUUGUCACCUAAUGCAACAUUUGAUGCCCUUGGUACCUAUGCAGAUACCGACACGACACCUAAAGGCUCUAUCGAUUUUAUUUUAGGUGAUGCUGCUCAAACUUCUAUGAUCGUAUCGUCAAAGGGAAAGUCAGAACGAGAUAAUUCUUCGACUGUCUCAAAGCACAAUUUAACAAUGCUAUCGGAUGCGGCGACACCUAAACGUAAGAAACGAAAAGCUCGCAUAUGUAAGGAGAUUGACUGUGAUAAAUAUGUCGUUGAUCAUGGUCUGUGUAUUCGACAUGGGGGAGGUAAACGAUGUAGUAUUGAAGAGUGCAAUUCCCGAGCACAGAACCGAGGACUUUGCUGGAAACAUGGAGGGUAUACUAUUUGUACGGUGGAAGCUUGUACCAAGCGUGCCAAGUCACGAGGUAUCUGCUGGUCACAUGGCGGUGGUACUCGUUGCAAGGAAGAAGGAUGUGUUAAAAUUGCGGUCUCACUUGGUCGUUGUUGGGCACACGGAGGAGGCAAACGCUGUUCUGUUGAAAUCUGUCGAAAGCCUGCGUCUGAACGAACAAACAAUUUCUGUACGGAUCACUUUGCGUGGUACCGUCAGGUGAAAGAAGCGAAGUCUACAGUCACCAGUUCUUGA